UUACGGUAGCCCUUGCAGACCAUGUUCUCUAAAUUGUGAUCAAUGUAAUGCUAUUGACGGAUCUUGUAUUUGCAAAGCUGGUUAUACCGGUGUAAACUGUACAAAUGAAUGUUCGAACAACACCUACGGUGCUAACUGUGUGUACAGUUGUAGACAUUGUUUCAAUGAUACUUGUCACCACGUGACCGGAAACUGUUUACUCGGUUGUACAGAUGGUUGGACAUCAAGCAAGUGCAAUCAAGCCUGCAGCCCUGGUUAUUAUGGACGUGAUUGUACACAGAGAUGUAGCAUUCACUGUAUAACGCCGUAUCUGUGUGACCGAUAUAACGGGUCUUGUAUUGGAGGUUGUGCUACUGGGUGGACUAAUGAUACCUGUGACAAAGUUGAUACAGAUUAUUGUGUUGAUUGGGCACCAUCAGAUGUAUCCGUAUCUUACCAUAACAUGACAUGGAAGAAAGAAGAAAAUAACAACAUUAUAAGAUAUGACCCUGCAGUGACAUUUCUCUGCAACUUCAGUUUGAAAUCCGAUGAAGAGUUGUUAUAUGACGUCAUUUGGUUCAUUGAUGGACAAAAAGUUGUCAGCCAAACAUUUGAUAAAUCCAAUAAUUAUACAGCAGUUAUAACGGCUCAUGAUAUGUUGAAAGCAGAGAAAAGGAUUGGAUCUGACGUACACUGCAAAGUGGGCGCAAAACGCAAAAGAGAAAACGUUCCAUGUCUUUACAAAGUUGGAAAUCCAUUUUUUGCUGGAAUAAAGAUACUGAAUCCAACCAUUGAGUUAGAAAGAAAAGGAUCAAAGAAUGUCCAGUUAGAGAUGACAAUACCAUGGGCCUCCGAAUCGCUUUUUUUAAAUAAUGUUCCUCAACCAGUGAGCGACCUGAACAUACAUAUGACCUUUAAAACAGACGAUUCCUCUACAUGUGGUGGAGGGGGCUCCUCCAAUCAGUGCGAGGUCAAAGUUAAAAGCUUUAACUACAAUGAAAAACACAAGUACGAAAACGGCGAAUGGAGGCAGAACAUUUCAUUUCCGGUUUAUAGUCAAGACACGGAUGGUUACGUCAUAAACAGUCAGAUGACCUUAAGAUUAAAGACGGGGGGAACUAACGGUGUUGGAAGUAAAAUAUUCGAGCACGUGUCUUUGCCCGACAUUUCGAUAAGUGUUCGAGAAGGAAAUGAAAACUGGAAAGGAAGAUCGUGUGGUGUAAGAGCAGAUCCGCACAUGUAUACUUUUGACGGAAAAUCAUACGAAUGUCAGAUACCAGGAAAAUUUAUAAAUUAUCGAAAUCAACAUCAACUACAAUGGAUUCAGUCUAAACAUCAUCUUUGUAUCCCUUCAUACGAUGGUCCUUGGUGCGUCUGCGCAGUCGCAGCUAGAGCAGGAAGAGAUGUCUUCGUCAUAGAUUUGUGUGGAGAAAAUAACGUCAUCAGCUAUGACCUGUGUGAGGACAAUGUUUUAAAAGUCACAAAAAUCCACGACAAGUAUUACAAGAUAUAUUUCCCCACUGGUACGUCACUUGCCAUUUAUAUCAUGGAAUGGAGUGGACAUUAUAACAUCGACCUAGAGAUCCUCCCGUCUGCAAUGGAUAUAGGAAAUGCUGAUGGUUUAUGUGGGUACUUUGAUGGCGUUAAGGAAAAUGACUUCAGAAGGAGAAACAGUACCAUUACAGACGACAUCAGUCAGAGUUAUCCUAAUGACUUCUCUAGGUCAUGGAUGAUUCCGGACAACGAAAAUCUCUUCAGUGGUAACUCCUUAGUUUAUAGCAGUUUGCAAUCAGUGUCCUCGAUUCUAGUACCUCACUGCGCAUGCACGGAGGACGGUAAAACCCAGUGCUCCUACAAUACGUUUACACCCUGCAACUCAAACCGAGGCAAACAGUAUGAGUGUAAUGUAGAUCUUGUACAGAACAGAAGACGAAAACGGGAUGUUUCCGAUAUGUCCAUGGAAAGAGAUCCUUUACUUAGAAGGAAACGCACGAUUUCCUACGUACAGACGACUGAAUACUCAGAGAGAGUUUGUCUCCAGGCUUUUGAAAAUUCACCCGAAUACAACAUCUGUCAAAAACAUGUGACUGACCUUAGUAAUGUCACCUUGUCGAACUGCAUCGAAGACAUAAGAUUGACAGGCGAUGAUAACCUAACACAGAUUCACGUUGAAGCCGCUCUACAGCAAUGUUCUACUUUUGUGCUUUUAAAUGCCACACUGCAAGAGGCAGAACCGGAAGUAACGUAUACAAUACAAAACCUCUGUCCAAGCAACUGUACCGGACGUGGCACUUGUGAUGGCGGUAACUGUACCUGUGACACUGGCUUUGGAGGAAGCGACUGUUCCUUUGAUUUACUCGCACCUCCUACCAUAACAAGCGUUCCCGGGGCCGGACUGUGUGAUCUGUCCUCUAAAACCUGUAAAGAGGCAACAAUAAUGGGAAAAUAUUUCUUUGAAAACAUGGACUCAAUAUGCUAUCUAACUGUGAAACAGACAAAGAUUAACCAAACAGAAGAAAGUCAUCAAAGACAGAUGAAUUUACAAGAGAGGACGUUAUUUGAGGGAUACUGCCCGCUUCUGUAUGAAACAACGGGUAUCUGGACGACCGAAAUCAAGUUUAACAUCUCCAAUGACGGAGUACGUUAUACAGACACGUAUAAUGUUAUCGUAUACCAAUCGCACUGUCAGGAGUACAACAAUGAGUCAGGAAAUGUGUAUUUCACCUUAAAGGACGAUUUCUGUUACAUCGAUAGUGUGUGCAUUAGCCCGAUGCAGAAUAGAUCAACCAAUGAGUGUCUUUACUGCAAUUCAACAAAUCACCAAUUCAACUGGACAGAAAAUCAAUGCAAGUAUCUUACUAUCAUACUUUAUAUUUUCCUUUUGCAUUGUAUGGGGAUGUGA